AUGGGAUUCACCAAUGUUGCAAUCUGCAUGGGUUCCUGUAGGAACAGCGCGUCCCUGGCAGCCAGUCGUGGGCACAUUUCGUCAUCUUUGGCCCCCGCCCUCCCCCUCGAUUUUACAAUGGGAAUGGCGCCCUGCAAGCCUGUCUCGCCGGUGUUUGAUCCGAGUCGGAAUCCAACAAUGAUUAAAACAUGUUUCCUAUCGCUUGGACUGGCCCCAGCCGGCUCAGCUCCCUCCCAAUAUCCCUUGGUUUGUUUUCAUCUCAAUUCAUGA